UUUUUCUUUGGAUUUGGGUGGCUUUUCUUCAUGCGCCAAUUGUUUAAGGACUAUGAGGUGCGUCAGUAUGUUGUGCAGGUGAUCUUCUCUGUGACGUUUGCAUUUUCUUGCACCAUGUUCGAGCUCAUCAUCUUUGAGAUCUUAGGAGUGUUGAAUAGCAGCUCUCGCUAUUUUCACUGGAAAAUGAACCUGUGUGUAAUUCUGCUGAUCUUGGUUUUCCUGGUGCCUUUUUACAUCAGUUACUUUGUUGUCAGCAACAUCCGACUGUUGCAUAAACAGCGAGUGCUUUUUUCAUGUGUCUUAUGGUUGACCUUCAUGUAUUUCUUCUGGAAACUAGGAGAUCCAUUUCCCAUUCUCAGCCCAAAACAUGGGAUCUUGUCCAUAGAACAGCUCAUCAGCCGAGUAGGUGUGAUAGGAGUGACUCUGAUGGCUCUUCUUUCUGGAUUUGGUGCUGUCAACUGCCCAUACACUUACAUGUCCUACUUCCUCAGGAACGUGACUGAGACAGAUAUUCUAGCCCUGGAACGACGACUUCUCCAAACUAUGGAUAUGAUCAUAAGUAAAAAGAAAAGGAUGGCCAUGGCACGGAGAACUAUGUUCCAGAAAGGGGAGGUGCAUAACAAGCCAUCAGGAUUCUGGGGAAUGAUAAAGAGUGUUGCCUCUUCGGCUCCAGGAAGUGAAAAUCUUACUCUCAUUCAACAAGAAGUGGAUGCUUUGGAAGAACUAAGCAGACAGCUCUUUCUGGAAACAGUUGAUCUAUAUGGUACCAAGGAGAGAAUAGAAUACUCCAAAACUUUCAAGGGCAAAUACUUUAAUUUUCUCGGUUACUUUUUCUCUAUUUACUGUGUUUGGAAAAUUUUCAUGGCAACCAUCAAUAUCGUUUUUGAUCGAGUUGGAAAAACUGAUCCUGUCACAAGAGGCAUUGAGAUCACUGUGAAUUAUUUGGGAAUCCAGUUUGAUGUAAAGUUUUGGUCCCAACACAUUUCCUUCAUUCUGGUUGGAAUUAUCAUUGUCACAUCCAUCAGAGGAUUGCUGAUCACUCUCACCAAGUUCUUUUAUGCCAUCUCCAGCAGUAAAUCUUCCAAUGUCAUUGUCCUGCUAUUAGCACAAAUAAUGGGCAUGUACUUUGUCUCCUCUGUACUGCUGAUCCGGAUGAGCAUGCCUCUCGAGUACCGCACCAUAAUCACUGAAGUUCUUGGAGAACUACAGUUCAACUUCUAUCACCGUUGGUUUGAUGUGAUCUUCCUGGUCAGCGCCCUUUCCAGCAUACUUUUCCUCUAUUUGGCUCAUAAACAGGCACCAGAGAAGCACAUGACCCCUUGAACUCAUGCCUAUCACAGACUGCUGAAAAGCCAGUGGUGUUAGAGAAGAAAAAAUGG